AUGCAUAUCAAGCUGUCUUACGCGUUUGUCCACGUCGCUUUUGGCGUUUGGCUGGCAAAUUUGUAUUCCGCUUUGGCAGACGUAGUGAAAGGUUCGUUUUUGCCCAACUCUGUUGCACCAUUUGCAGAUGAUAAGCCAUACGUUUUAUGCUUGCCACGUGGUUACGGCCCGUGUGAUUUAAGGGAUCGACUUGUAGAUCAAGGCGUGCUACGCUACUUCGUGAUAGAAACUCCUAGGAAUGAAGUUGUGUCGGUUUGCCGGGGUGAAAGUGUACGGCUGGAGGGUACACUAUACCUGCCCGAAAGACUCGUUCCUCAUGCAUACCUCUGCGCAUCCGAUAAUAAGAAAUUAACGUUCGUUGCUAGGAUCCUCUUCAUUGGAAUUAUACGGGAUAGCGUAAAAGCCAGAAUAUCUUAUGGCAGAAUAUUUGAAGCUGUUGCAGAAAGAUACCUGCCGCAAGUAAAUCUGCCGGAGUACAUGAAAAACGUUUUUACCAUAGCGGUAAAGAGAGAUUCAUGCAGUUCUGAUGAAGGCGCGCUAGCUACACCGAGAGCAUCUUCUGAAGGAGUUAUGAGUGUCAUAAAUUACAAUUCAAGUGCUGAACUUAAGUCGGUUACAAAGCGUGUGCUGCUCUGUGGCUGCCCAUUACACGGUUCGUGCGAGAGCAGCAAGGACUUUACCCUUUUUAUUGCCUCACCCACCAUUGAAGGUACGAUAACGUUUGUGAUAGGACCAUUUAUUGAUAAGAGCAUUUCUGUGGACUGCGCAUACGGCGUGAGAUGUUUACUACCCAUAAAAGGCACUUACAAAAGAACAACGCCGACAUUCGCAGUUUCCUACGACACGCAUCACAAUGAUUACGUAUUGCUUCAACCACACACAACGCAUUACGAGUAUGUUAUCGAUGAAAACAAAUAUGGUUCGAUUGAGCACGUCGAAGUUAAUUUAGUGUGGUUCCCGGAUGGCGAUGACGGAAGUCAGAAUGCUGUAAAGAUUGGCACCAUAAAGAUUCACAACUACAAACAUAAAGAUUUGUUGAUGGUUCCAUUCGGACUGCAAGAGGUGAGCUUUAAACUUGAAAUUGCGGGUACUGGUGACCGUCUGUUGAUUUUUGAGGGCCCCAAGGAUGGAGAUACAGAUCUGGUGGACCCCUCCGAUUAUAAAUGGCGAUUAUUAUCUGAAGUAUCGUUAGAAAACGAUAAAUUUAUCAUCGAUCACAACUUCAAUGUCGAUAAGCGUUACGUGUUAUUGCUCAGCUGGCCGUGUGUUGGGAGUUUUUGUUCUUUAAUCGAAGCUAAAGAGAGCGUCGGACUUGUUUCCAAUAUUAUAUUGCAGGGUUCGUUUACCUUUUAG